CGUUUAGUUGUGUUGCGUGUUGUCAGGUCCGUAACUCCGUAACUCGCGAGGUCAAGGGUUGAAGCCCCCCAGGCGGAGGUUUAACCCCCCCCAGGCCGAGGUUCAGAGCUCCGGGGCCAGCCAUGGCGGACGGAGAGCGGUCCCCGCUGCUUGCCGAGCAGCACGACGGGAACCCCGGCUUCUCUCCCGCAGGAACCUCCCGGGGAUUCACGGUCAAACCGACAAGUCUAGCGCCGUUCCCGAGCUCGGUGGUGCCCGGGGAACCUCCGCCUCCGUACUCGCCGCAGGGCAGCCCGGACAGCAGCAGCGCCCCCGUCAUCAGCUGCCGGGUCUGCCAGAGCGCCAUAUCGGUGGAGGGGAAGACGCACCAGCACGUGGUGAAGUGCAGCAUCUGCAACGAGGCCACGCCGAUCAAGAACGCUCCCGUUGGAAAGAAGUACGUCCGCUGUCCGUGUAACUGCCUGCUGAUCUGCAAAGUCACGUCACAGAGGAUCGCUUGUCCAAGACCGUACUGUAAACGCAUCAUCAACCUGGGACCGGUCCACAUCGGCACGGACAGUCCUGAACCGCAGCAUCAGCCCGUCGGCAUCAGGGUCAUCUGCGGACACUGCUCCAACGUGUUCCUGUGGACGGAGUUCUCAGACCGGACUUUGGCUCGAUGUCCUCACUGCCGGAAAGUCUCUUCGAUUGGUCGUCGUUACCCCCGGAGGAGGAGCUGGCUGUGCUUCCUGGUGUUUGUGGUGGUGGCGGCCUCCACGGCUGGACUGCUGGUCGGUACCUGGAAACCCGCCCAGCAGUCGAAGGGGAUCUACGUGUCCUGGGUGCUGCUGAUCCUCAUCGCUCUGUUCACGCUGGCCAGAACCAUCUACUGGAGGUGUCUGAAGAUCAGCGACCCCAUAGCCAACGUCUCGUAAGGAGGAGAAGGACUCAAGGAAGGAAGGAAGGAAGGAAGGAAGGAAGGAAGGAAGGAAGGAAGGAAGGAAGAUGAGAUGAGACCAGUAAAUGAAGAGGAGCUCCACAUGAAAGAAGACGAGGAGCUUGAGUGAUGUAGUAGGUGACGUGGAGGGAGAAAAGAUGGAGGUAUUUGUAGAUAUGUAGUGAAAGAUGGAAAAAUUUAAUAUAUUAAAAAAAUGUACUCAAACUGGAUUAAAAAAUAUAAAAGUAGAGAUGGACAGAUGAAUUAAAAUCAGGCUGAAUUUUAUGUCACUUUUCUUUGGUCAGUAACACGUUGAUGUAUUAGGAUUUUUAUUAUUUUUUAAAUUUUAUUUUCAUCUGGUCAGUAGCAGAUUCAGGACUUCGAGAAAAAAGUCGAAAUGUCGAGAUUAAUGUUGAAAUACAAUUUCAAGAAAAAAGUUGAAAUGUUGAGAACAAUGUUGAAACACGAUUUCAAGAAUAAAGUUGAAAUUUCGUGAAUAAAGUCGAAAAUUUCGAGAAUAAAGUUGAAAUACAUUUAGACUUUUUUCUCAAAAUUGUACUUUAACAUUAAUCUCGAGAUUUCAACUUUUUUCUCGACAUUUUAACUUUUUUCUCGACAUUUCGACUUUUUUCUCGACAUUUUGACUUUUUUCUCGACAUUUCGGCUUUUUUCUCGAAGUGCAUAAUGAAAAAAAAUCUUCUUCCUCUAAAAUAUUAUUUUUAUUUUUCUCCUGCUUGGGUGUAAUACUCUUCCGCACAGGAGGAUGCCGCCACCAGGGGGCGUCGCUUUGUCACUGUGAGCACAGAACACCCAAAGAAAAAAUAAUUUUAUUAAUUAAAUCAAAACAAUUAAAGCGUCUGCAGCGUCUGAGCAGGUCACGAUGUUGACUGUCGAUUAUAAUUCUCAGAAAGAAAUUGGGCCAAAAUCUAAUCAUCUGCAAUAUGAGAAAUUGGUAUUAGCUGAGAAAAUUUCAAUCGUUGCUUCUUUUAUUAAUUAAAAAAAGCCUCCGGUUUUCUAAUCGAGGAUGAAAAAACCCAAAACAACCGUUUGUUAUCUCCGGUUCGUCUUCUUUCUUACAAAAGAUGAGGAUCACGUUUGAGAGACAGAUGCUGCUUUUGUUCCCACAUUUAAAUGUUAUAUUUUUACGACUUCAUGCUUUUAUUCCUCCCACGUGGGUGUUAUUUAAAGGAAAGUAGUGAGAAGGAGAAGCUGAAUCAGCCGGAGCGUCAAACCAAAACGGGGAGGAGAAUCAUGACGUUUGCAUCAAAACCGAGGUCCCUCGCUGGACACGAGACGUUUUCAUGUUUGGGAAGAUUAAAUUUGAACUUUCAGCGUUCCUCUCUCGCCACAAACGUCGACCGUUCACCGUCAAACGGACCAGAAACAAGAGGAACAGUUAUCAGAGAUAACUUUCACACUUAAGGGACGUUUUCUUGAGUGUCUCUGAAGACGUCGCUGAUUUAAAAAGUGGUUUAACCGAUAGAGUGAAUUUACUUUUGUGGGGUUUUAUUAGCUUUCGACGAUGCUGAGCUCAGUGAUCAAACUAUUUCCAAAAAUGUCAUUUAAACUGUCGAACAUGUGCAUCUUUUGGUUACUAUUGACUGUUUUUCUGGGCCAGGGCUGCAUUGUUCUUACUGCAAAAGUGAGCAAAUACCAGAAAUAAGAAGUUCUCUAGGUGUCAUGGAUCACUGGAAACGCCUCUAUUACCUCCCAUCACCUUAUACGGGGAAGCACAGGCAUUUUAUUUUGAAAUGCAAAUUGUAAAGUUUACUGACGGAUCAUGAGGCUUGAAGUAACUUUUCUUAAAUGUUUUAUCCUCACUGGAAGAUGUGAUUAAAUCCCUUCCCCAUAAUGAAAUGUAAAUAUAAAAUGUGCUUGUAAUAAGUAUGAAAAUAAAGACGUGAAGCAACGAGCUAACACACGGAUGCUUGUAGACGGCAUAUUUGAAAAUUUACUUGCAAGUGUUGAUGUGCAACUUUUAAAGGCACUCUAUGUAGUAAUACCACUUUCCUCUGCAGCUGACAUGUCUUGUAAAAACAUGUGAUACGCUGCCCCCAUGUGGUCGAAGGUGGUACUGGUACCCAGAGUGGCUUUAAAGGCUUAACAGUUCUUUUAUUUUUAUAUAUAUAUAUAAAUAUAUGUUUGUGUGUGUGUAUUUGUACACAUAUAUAUUUCCUCUGCUGUGUAGUUAUGUUGCAGCUCAGCAUUAAGGUCAUCUCACUGCAGGAUUCUGGGCCAAAUUAUGUUUUUUUUUUUUUUUUUUUUUUUUUUAAAUCUGCUGCCUGAUAUAUGAAGGAAGCUUAAAGCCCCGGGAUAAAAGAAAUAAAGGUUCCACAUUAAAAUUCAAAAGAAAAUAAAGUAUUUCCAAGGUGACACUUAAUUCUGCAAAAUGCUGCUGCUUUUUUUUUUCUUCUGUCUUUUAAUUAAAAGCCCAAAACCGCUGUUUUUAUGUUUUAGUCACUAAUCUAAAUCACGUGAAACCCGGAGCGAAUGGUCUCACCGGUGGUGGAAGUCACCUCUGUGGGAGUGUAGAUAUUUUCAGUGAUAUGAGAGUAAUGUCAGUACCCUCUGACCAUGAAAUAUGUUGCACUACGUUGUACCGAGGUACUACCACUGUAUGUUCCUGUCACUGUCUUUUCUGGUGGAUGGAUUUGUUUUGUAUAUUGUGAAACAAAGUUAUAUACUUUUAACAA